CUGAACCUCAUCGUGAUCCGGAAUUCUUCUUGGGUGAUGCCAUGCAUCAAAACCUCAUCUAUAUGGCUUCCAUUCCCGGUCGCGGUCUUCAGCAAGUCCGCAUGCAUUGGCUUCUGGACCUUGUUACUGCCAAUGCAGCUGGAACAUUCAACUUCACGCUGCUGGACGAGCUACUUGACCGUCUGCACACUUUGGGCUUGCAUCCGGGCUUCGAGUUGAUGGGCAAUCCCUUCGGAGAGGCUGUCAACUUUGAGAAACGCGAGGAUGUGCUGCGCUGGAAAGCCAUGGUCACCGCACUUGCCUCACACUACGUCGACCGAUAUGGAGAAGAAUAUGUGGCUCGGUGGAAUUUUGAGUCUUGGAACGAACCUGAUCAUCGGGGAUACGGAGCCAACUUCACUCUUCCAGGGUUUCGCCAUUACUAUGACGCCUGUUCUGAAGGUCUUCGGGCGGUGAGCACAAGGCUUAAGCUGGGGGGUCCGGCCGAAAACCUGGCACCCAGUCGACGCGCACCCUUGUCUCGUGGUCUACUUGGCCACUGCGUACGAGGUAGGAACUACUUGACGGGGGAGCGCGGGGUGCGGUUAGACUUCAUCUCGAUCCAUCAGAAGGGCAAUGCUUCUGUGUCUGACAUCGUGAAAGACGAAGCAGCAGCAUUGGGUACCGUUCUCAACAGAUUCCCCAGCCUCGGAAGAAAGAAGUGCAUUAAUGACGAAGCGGACCCCCUGGUGAGCUGGUCGCGUCCAGAGGCCUGGCGAGCAGAUGCGACCUACGCCGCGAUGCUGGCACGUCUAGUAGCACUCAAGAUGAAGAACGCUUCGUCGUGCGCGACAAUGAGCAGUGACAAUGGGUUUCUCAGUUACCCGCCCCAUCAAUUCACCCAGAGGACGCUGGCUGCCAGGUUCCAGCUCAACCACAGCGAUCCCGUGCACUCCGUGCUCGUUCGCAAACCUGUUCACGCCGUCCUGGGACUUCUGGGCAACCUUGGACCUGUCCUUUUGAGGACGCACCUCUCAGGAUCCUCUUCAAGUGGGCACCUGGACGUGAUUGCUACGCGUCAUCGAACGGGAGCUUUUGCUGUCCUGGUCGUUUUGAGCAACGAGUCGACCUGGGAACCUGGUCACGGUGCACGAGUUUCCGUACACCUUCAGCCGUCUCCCCUGGGCAUCACGUGGACGGCCUUCCACCUUGACAAUGGCGAAGCGACAAACCCUUACGCGCUCUGGCUGCGUCAAGGCUGCCCGCCGUACCCGACUCGGUCCCAACUGGCGCAGAUGCGAAACGCUCAGGAACCUCGCAAGGACGUCUUGACUGCACCUUCCUUGACGUUACCAUCGCCGUCGGCGGCGCUUCUGGUCGGCUGUUCAGCGGAACAUCCCCUAGGACCCGUCCCGCGUGGUCUCCGAGUCCACGUCGUGGCACCAGGCAGGGGGAUCCUGUUCUGGACGCCCGGUCCAGCACAGCCGUGCCUCGAGUACGACGUGCUCUUUGCGCCGGAUGAUGGCGUCCCUCGGGUCAAGCUUGGGGGUCCCGUUAUGUUUCCGGUCUUCUUCAUCGACUGCGAGGUUCUUGGUCGGGGUUGUGCUGGUCUUCUGUACGUCGGCACCCGAAGCCUCCGAGGCGAUCGCGGCCCCAUCUCGACGCCGCUACGAUACAAACUGCUCUGAUCGCUUCCAAUAAAGAGUCCGACCCCGGGCA